CGACGCUCCACGGACAUAAUCUGCCCAUCGCUAUCCAUCUCUUCCAACGUCACUGCUUUCCUUUGCCCAUCCCUUCUCUCAAUUGUCUCCCUUCCCCGCUCUUCCCUCCUCAGAUCCUCCUCGUGGCCGCCGCCGUGGUAUCCGGAGACACAGGGUACCCGAGGCCCGUAGGAUACCCGCACCACAUCCCCAUCCUGAAGGACGACCGAACCCAAAACACGUACGGGGAAUAUUCCUUCGACUUCGAGGCCGGCAACGGCAUCGCGCGCCAGGAGUCCGGCAGCCAGAGCUACGGGCAGGUGGCGCAGGGCGGAUGGACGUACACCUCCCCCGAGGGCCAGCAGGUGGACAUCGUCUUCGUGGCUGACCAGGGGGGAUACCAGCCCCAGGGAGCCGUGCUCCCCGUCGCCCCUCCCCUCCCCUACACCCGCACUGGCCAUGGCUUCUGAGCGCUGCGUCGGCGGCGCUCCUCGUCAUCACUUCCAUAAUCAUCGUUGUCUUCCAAAGGGUCUCGCGCGCGGUUCUCUAGCUACACUUUAACUUUUCUUUUUUUCUUUCUUUCCUUUUUGCUUCUUUCUCUAUCCUCAUUUCUUUCUCGGUUUUCUUUGCUCUCUACUGUAGUGUUCAUCCCAUCUAAUUAUCAGUCUCCGCUUAAUUAUAUUUCUAUUUGUCUGUUUGUCUAUCUAUUUAUCUAUUUUUUCAUCACAAAUUUUUCUCCUCCUCAUUUUUUUUCUUCUUCGUCGUAUUACUAUCCUCAUCAUUAUUAUUAUUAUUCAUCUUCUUCCUCCCUUUCUUCUUAGUAGUCGUCUUCUCCUUUCGCCAACCGGAUAUGAAACCUAACUAUUCACUCCCUCCAGAACCCGCUGAGAUUCCGUCAUGUUGUGGUCGCUUAAACACAAAUUUGUCGACGAAAGAAAACGGAGGAUCUAGUCUCACGCGGAAAAACGUCAUCGUCUGUUUUUGUUUUCAUACAUCAUUAAGUUUUAUGUGUGUAAUCAAAAUUAAUUAGUUAUUUGCUUAAUGUCUAUUACAUGUGUCAUAUAUUUUGUUUAUUUUGAUUACUUUCGUUUUGUAACUUUGUUACAUC